CGUUCCAAUGACGAGCGAGGAGGCGGUGCUUGAGGCGGGUCUCAUGCAGUGGGCGGAGCGCGAGGGGAGAGCGGGUGCCGGGUGUUAACGGCCGGAGCGAGGCAAGAUGCAGUUUAUGCUGCUUUUUAGUCGUCAGGGGAAACUUCGAUUGCAAAAAUGGUAUGUCCCCCUCUCAGACAAAGAGAAGAAAAAAAUUACAAGAGAGCUUGUCCAGACUGUCCUGGCUCGCAAACCUAAGAUGUGCAGCUUUCUGGAGUGGAGAGACCUGAAGAUUGUAUAUAAAAGGUAUGCAAGUCUUUAUUUCUGCUGUGCUAUUGAAGACCAGGACAAUGAACUCAUAACCCUUGAGAUUAUUCAUCGUUAUGUUGAACUCCUAGACAAGUAUUUUGGAAGUGUCUGCGAACUUGACAUUAUCUUCAAUUUUGAGAAGGCUUAUUUUAUCCUGGAUGAGUUCUUGUUAGGAGGGGAGGUGCAGGAGACUUCAAAGAAGAAUGUCCUGAAAGCAAUUGAACAAGCUGAUCUGCUGCAGGAGCCGCGCCACGAAUAUUUUAAUGUUCCCGUGUACUAAUGCCUUGGCUCAUCUUGCGUGGUGGUGAAUCAGAGGAGGUGACGAUGGCUGCUUUGCUGUUGCUGGAAUGCUGUCCUGGCCUGUGUGAAGCUGUUCAUUUGAACGUAACCCAAAUAACUAAACGUAACAAGAACAUCAGUGCUUUGCUCUUUGUUGUGUCCUAGCAGUCUAGUAUAUGUAGGUUUAUAAGGGUGCCAUGUAAAUGGCAGUUUGUUUUCACAUACAAGCAAUUUAUGUCUGUGCUGUGUUCAUUUCAAUCUUGUUCUUUGUAAUCCUUGUUCUAAUCAUAAACCUACAGCAUUAACUAUGUUGAAUUUACCACUACGGGACCUUUUUCAUCUGGAUUCACUGCAUUUUAAUAUACAUCAAGCAGGGUUGCUACCCCUGGUUUUGGCUGCUUUUGGAGAUCUUCUGAACUUUGGUAGAUGUGAUAUCAAUGGUUUUGUUACUCUGCAUUUCUCAAGAAAAGGUGGUCAUUAAAAUGAUUAUAGAUGAUUCUUUCUGGCGAGAAUAUUUGCAGUGACCUCUAUUGAAGUUUGCAGAAAUUGGGCAUCAAAAAAAUCCAAAUCCAGAAUCUGAUUCCAUCCUAGGGUAUGUAACAAAUGGGUCAGACAGGAUUAGAAUUGUUUGAUCUGGAGCACACACAAAGCUAGUUGCUGCUGUUUCUCUGUCAAUAGAGGCCACAUUGUUCAAUCGAUUAUCCUGUGCCGUUUGAGGUUUUACUUAAUUUACUAGUUGGACAAAAUUAACUCUAAUAAUAUACAUUUAAAUCCAUAUACUGACUAGUUACAGUAGGUGGAAACAUUCAGGUUAAUUGCAAAUUACUGACUGACCUUCUUUCAUGGCCAUAAAUAGUUUCUGGCCUCUAUAAUUAUAGGGUUAUAUGUUGAAAGAAAACCUGCUGUCUCUCAAUAUGUACCUGGAGUGAUUGCAGUCGCUAUGUCUUUCAUAUUGCUUUGUGCCAUGGCUCUUUUUUUCUCCCCCGUGGAUGUCAAGUAACGUGUUCAGCAACUUUUGAGAGGGCUAGUGCAUGUCACAUUGAACUACUUCCUCUGGGUGGGGGUGUGGGUAGCAGGGAGAGGAAUAACUCUUGCCACCCAAAGACACUCCCAGUUUUUAUUCUGUGUUGCUGGAACCACUUUGUUUUCUGGUUCGGGCUCUUAGUGUUACCAAGGAGAGAUUGUAUUUACCUGAGAUUCUUUCCUCUGCUGCCCAACAUGUGCAGUUUAGCUUCAGACAUUCUAUGCCAAUGCCACUUCUUUUUGAGUAUUCCCGUAUUGGUUAUGAUCCCAAAUUGUGGUGUCAUCAAUUCUGGCAGUCUGAUACUUUGCUUCCGUCAGACUCUUGAAUGCCAUUGUGUGUGUAUAUGUGUUAACUUUGAUAGAUAGUUCUUCAGAAUUAAAGAAAACUGGAAUUAUGCAUUUGCCCUGCUAUAGCCAGCAGAGUUAAUGGUGUAAGUAUUUCAGGGCCUUGGGACCUGAAAUAAUAUCAUUUGUGAAGGCUUUUUCAAGCCAUGAUGGACCCUAUUAUUCCAAUAAUAUUACAAUAUAAGUCACAUAACCUGAUGCUGUGAGCUUACUUUUUAUAAUUACGGCCAAUGUUAUAUCGUAACAUGUAUUCGGUGGGAAGAAUAGAGUGUUUCAUUCGUGUUACUUGGCCUUCAUUCAUGUUUGUCUCUUCCUGGUCUAUUUGAUAUAUAGUUUCUCCCCUUUACCUUCUCCAGUGUAUCUUUACAAUUAGCACUACAACUGAAGACUUUCCUGUGUGCAAUCAAAAUGGUACAGCAUGCAAUCAGUGAGUGGCUGUGAGGAGAUUUGGUCAUCAGGUGGUGUGAAUGAAACAUUAGUGGCGCAGAGAGAUGAGCAAGCAUAAAAUACUGACAUCUGAUGCAGACCAGCCUGUUCGAAGCACAAAGGGGAGUGAGAUCAGUGCCAAAGCUGCAAUUAAUAAUGGGGACUGCUGCUAACAUAUUGAUGUAGUUGUGACGGUCUCUUAUUGUAAAGCCAAGGUCACACUGUAUCUAGCCCAGUCUCUCAACAAAAUUUGUUGUCAACAUUUACCAUUUCUCCUUGUGAAACAAGUUUGGAUCUUGUUUGAAGCUAUGCGUUAGAAUGUACUUUCUUCCUCCUCCUCCUAAAGGUUUAUGCAAAAUCCCAUUAAAUUAGACUUGAUCAGAAAAAAUAGUAUUUGUUGUAAAGUUUGCAGAAACAGGUUUCACUGUGUCCGAGCAAUAGGUAACGUUACCAUGACUUAAUAUCUGUUCCUAUUUUAGAGCUUUAUUAACUAAUAUCCUUGAUAUUCAACUGUAUUUAUUACAGCAUUUAUUUUUCUAUUAACAAUUUGUAUUUGUAUUGCUUUUGGAAGCUUUGUAGUAAAGUCAUCUCAGUCUCAUGCGAAGUACACUUAACCCUAACUGCACUACAAAAAGUUAGUGAUAUUUGAACAAGUCAAAUCCAUUUGUAUUUGUAUUAAUGAAUUUCUGGUAACAAUGUGCCUCAAGUUAAUGAAGUCUGUUGCCAAUUCGUGAGGUGUAGCUUUUUGUUUUGCCCUCCCAGUCCCCGUGUCCUGCAGAAGAAGACUGCUUCUGUUUUUAGUAAAUAAUUGAUCUACAAUCCUGUUAUUCUCUGGCAUGUGCAGCAAUUGUCUGUGUGCCUUUCUCAGGCAUUCGAUCAGUGCCUGAAAGCUGUGAAGUCAAAAGCUAGUCCACUUUAUAACCCCUUCAGAUACGCUCAGUUCUCAGUUUCUUUGGCCAUCCAGAUGAUUGCAGUUGAGCAUACCACAGAGUUACCCAACACACGGGGGUGUCACGGUGGCACAGUGGUUAGCACUGCUGCCUCACAGCGCCAGAGACCCGGGUUCAAUUCCCGCCUCAGGCGA